AGCAAGUAAAGUAAAUCAUGGGAACGUGAAACUUGAAAUUGAAAGCAACAUUUUGCAACCGAAACGUGUUAUUUAUUUAUGAAGUAGAGAAGACAUAAUACAGUGGCGAUUUCACCAUGCCUGAAGUAAUGAUAUCUGGUAUUCCUGUUAGUUUCCCGUUUGAUCCUUACGAUGUGCAGACUGCUUACAUGGAGAAGGUGAUAGAAGCUCUCCAAAACAGCACAAAUGCCUUACUAGAGUCUCCAACUGGCACCGGUAAAACCUUGAGCUUAUUAUGUUCAUCUCUGGCGUGGCUGCUGGUCAAGAAAGCACAGCUACAGAUGAAUGCACAAGUUGGCAACUUUGCUGAACACAGUGGCGGCUUUAGUAGUAACCUCAACGAAAAACUAAAGGCCGGUGCCGGAAAAACUAAAGAUAACACAACCUGGGGUAUGCCCAAAAUAAUAUAUUCCUCAAGAACACAUUCUCAACUGACCCAGGCUAUGCAGGAACUGAAGCGGUCAAGUUACAGACAUGUCAAAGCAGCAGUGCUCGGCUCCAGAGAUCAAAUGUGCAUCCACCCUGAAGUGUCAAAAGAAACAAACAACAUGAACAAGGUCCACAUGUGCCAAUUGAAAGUAAAAUCUAGGACUUGCCACUUCUACAAUAAUGUUGAGUCAAAGAAGGAAGAUAGAGCUGUUAAAGGAGAUGAAAUAUUAGACAUAGAGGACUUAGUGUCUGCAGGCAAGAAGCUGAACUGCUGUCCUUACUAUCUUGCUAAAGAACUGAAGCAAGAUGCGGAUAUCAUUUUUAUGCCUUACAAUUACAUAUUGGACCCAAAAUCUAGGAAAGCUAAUGGUGUGGAAUUAUUGAAUAAUAUCAUAAUUCUUGAUGAAGCUCACAAUGUUGAGAAAAUGUGUGAAGAGUCUGCCUCCUUGCAGAUAAGAACUACAGAUGUGGCACUUUGUAUUGAUGAAAUCACAUACAUAAUGAGAAGCUUCAGUGAAACCAGUGAUGAGCAGAUGGACAUGACCCUUGACAACAGCACACCAAAAGAUUUCACAGCCGAUGACUUGUGUAUUCUGAAAGAAAUAAUGUUGGCCUUUGAAAAGGCAAUAGAUGAAAUUAAUGUGGGAUCAGAGGGAUCUACAUUCACUGGUGGAUAUAUUUUUGAACUUCUGGCCAAAGCAGAAAUAAAGGAUCAUAAUCAAAUGUCUGUUAUAACUUUGAUUGAGAAUCUAAUUCAAUACCUUUCCACAGCAAGUGCUUCACCAUUUCAGCGUAAAGGGGUUGGCUUACAGAAGAUAGUAGAUUUACUAAAUGUUGUUUUCAGUGGCACCACUCAUGCUUAUAAAGAAAGAGUAAAAAUGUGCUACAAAGUGCAUGUGCAAGUUGAAGAGAAAAAGAACAAUAAAAAGUCUGAGGGCUGGGGCACUAUUAAGGCUGCAAAUCCAAAAUCUGCUGAGCGGGUUCUCAGUUAUUGGUGUUUUAGCCCUGGGUUUGGUAUGAAACAACUAGUUGAACAGAAUGUAAGAAGUAUCAUUCUUACUAGUGGAACACUUGCUCCAUUAAAGCCUUUGAUAUCGGAAUUGGGAAUUCCAAUUGGUGUUCAGCUUGAAAACCCACACAUAGUUAAUUCUACUCAGGUUUGCGUCAAGAUUAUCAGCCAAGGUCCUGAUUCUACACCAUUAAAUUCCAAUUAUCAAAAUAGAGAUAAUCCCAAAUACAUAUCGUCCAUGGGCAGGACUAUACUGAGUUUCUGUAGGGUGGUACCAGAUGGGCUGUUAGUGUUCUUUCCUUCUUAUCCCAUAAUGACCAAGUGCCAGGAAAUGUGGCAAUCUGAAGGAAUUUGGUCCAGCAUAAAUAAUAUUAAACCAAUAUUUGUUGAGCCUCAAAGAAAAGACACUUUUAAUGCAAUCAUGACUGACUUUUACAGCAAGAUAAAUGAUCCCAGCACAAAGGGAGCUUGCUUCAUGGCUGUGUGUAGAGGAAAGGUUUCAGAAGGUUUAGAUUUUGCAGAUAUGAAUGGAAGAGCUGUAAUAAUUACUGGACUACCUUUUCCACCCUUAAAGGACCCAAGAAUUGUCUUAAAAAAGAAGUAUUUGGAAGAGCUCAGGCAGAAGAACAAAGAAUUUCUCUCUGGGGAUGAGUGGUACUCCUUAGAAGCUACAAGAGCUGUAAAUCAAGCCAUAGGAAGAGUAAUAAGACACAAGAAUGACUAUGGUGCAAUCUUGCUAUGUGAUAGCCGAUUCAACAGUCCAAAACUAAAAUGCCAGUUAUCAGCUUGGCUCAGAGAUCUCAUUAGUGUAUCUAAUAAAUUUGGGGAGACAGUAAGUGAAAUAUGCAGAUUUUUCAAGACAGCAGAAGCGACACUGCCAUCACCUAAGUUAAAACCUUUACUUUCACAUGAAGCUAAUCUUGGGUUUAAAGAGUAUGCAUCGGUCAACAUGAGUGGGGUGGCUUUUCCCAAGGCGAAUGUAAGAGCAGUCGCUAAAUCCUCUGCUAAGAAGACUGUAAGCCAGUAUCCCAACUCUAAUGAAGUGUAUGCAGACUUCUCAAUGGAAUUCUACAGAAAUGCACAAUCUUCAACUUAUGUAAAUGCAUUUAAGCCAAAGGAAACCAAGGACCUUUUCAGUGCUAUUGAUAGUAGUAGCUCAACAAUAUCAGAAUUAUCUCAGCCUUUGGUAAAUAUUCAAAAGAGAGAUGCUGAUGAUUCAGUGUUACUGGUGGCCAAGAAAAAGAAGCUAAAAAUUAAAUCAUUUGGUUUUGAAGAUAAUCUAGCUAAUGGAGAGUCAUCAAGUAAAGUUGUGGAAGAAAAAGUGGCUCCUACAUCACUGAUAGAUUUUGUAAAAGAAGUCAAAACUCUAUUGGAAAUAGAUCAAUAUAAAAAGUUUCAAGUUUCCAUAACUAGUUACAAAAAAGAUACAGAUUUUAAUGUAUUUCUGAAAUCACUUGUUAGUCUAUUUGAGAACAGGAAGUUAUUUUAUUUAAUGAAAGGCAUGAAAAGGUUUUUAAAAGAUGAGCAUAAAGAAGUUUUUCAAGAAUACUGUGAUAAUGUUAAAUUAUAGUCCUGAACGGAAUUUUUAAUUUGGUGAUUAUUUUUAGUAUAAAUAAAUUAUAAUAAAAUUGUAAAAUACAAUUGAUGUCUGAAAUAAAAACCAUUCAUGUAGA